AUGGAUAUUGGGAAGAUCAACCGAAUACUGAUCGGACACGAUAACGUGGGUCUCCGGUCUGGCUGGUUCCUGGCCAGUGUCCAGAUCACCGUUCCAGUCCAGGGAAGGCAGUACAUGUUCCCCUGCAACCGAUGGCUCGACAAAGAUGAGGCUGAUGGCAGGGUGGAGGUGGAGGUCUACCCAAGUGAGAUUGUGCCUAUUGAGAAAUUGAUAAACUACGAGGUGUCUGUAGUUACUGGAGACGUGCGGGCCGCAGGCACCAAUGCCAAAGUCUUCAUGCAGAUUUACGGCGAGACUGGCAAAACUGAAUUGAUCACCUUAGAAAACAGAUCGAACAACUUUGAACGGGGAGCCACAGAUAUCUUCAAGAGAGAGGCUGCAGAUGUUGGCAAGAUUUAUAAGAUUCGGAUAGGCCAUGAUGGGAAAGGCAUUGGGGAUGGCUGGUUCCUGGAAAGCGUCACGCUGAAGCGGCUUGCCAGGAAGAUGAAGGAAUCUGACAAAAAGAAGAAGAAGAAAAAGAAGAAGUCUGAUGAGGAGGAAGAAGAGGAGACCAAGGUGGAAGAAGUAAUGGAAGUCUAUACGUUUGUGGCACACCGCUGGUUGGCUAAAGAUGAAGGAGAUAAGGAGCUUGUGGUGGAGCUGGUGCCUGAUGGAGAAUCUGCCCUGGAGGAGAAUACAUACGAAGUCCAUGUUCUCACUGGGAAUGUGUGGGGGGCUGGGACGGAUGCUAAUGUCUUCUUGAGCAUCUAUGGUGUAGGAAGAGGAGACACGGGUGAGCGCCAGCUGAAAAGGUCGAAUAACCUCAACAAGUUUGAAAAGGGCCAGGUGGAUGUGUUCACCAUCAAAGCCAUCGACCUGGGUGAGCUGAAGAAGCUGCGGAUCCGCCACGAUAACUCUGGUGCUAGCCCAAGCUGGUUCCUGGAGAGGGUAGAGAUUGUUGACCCCAAGGAGAGCACCACGUAUUAUUUUCCAUGCCAGCGGUGGUUAGCAGUUGAGGAAGAUGACGGUCAGAUUGUCAGGGAGCUGGUCCCAGUGGAUGAAGCGUUUGUAAAGAAAGAUUCGGAAAAUGAUGGCCAGUCUCUUGCAACGCUGGGCCUGGAACAGAAAGCUAAAUCAACAACAUACACUGUGAAAGUGAAAACCGGGGACAAGAAGAAUGCUGGGACAGAUGCCAACGUCUUCAUCACUCUCUAUGGAAGUAAAGAUGAUACAGGGAUAGUCAGCCUAAAGGCCUCAAAGAUUAACAAGAACAAAUUUGAGCGUGGGAAGGUAGAUGAGUUUACAGUGGAGUCCGUGGAUAUUGGAGACCUGAAAAAAAUCAAGAUAGGCCACGACAAUAAAGUUGUUCCUUACGAGAUCACGGUCUACACCAGCGAUAUCUUUGGAGCUGGCACGGAUGCAGAUGUCUUCAUUGUUCUCUAUGGAAGCGAUGGGAUCUGCACUCAGCAGAAAUCCCUGUGCCUCAACAAGAGAGAGCAAAGGAUGUAUUUUGAAAGGAACUCGGUGAAUCAGUUCAUCGUGGAGCUGGAGGAUGUUGGUGACAUUAUUGAAAAGAUUCGCAUAGGGCACAAGGGUGGAGGCCUGAACUCCGGGUGGCAUUUGGACCAUGUGGCGAUUCGGAGACUGUUGCCAAACGGAAAGGGCUCGGAAACUGUCACAUUUCCAUGUGAAAGAUGGCUUGCAAAGUCUGAAGACGACGGCGAGAUUGUCAGAGAACUGGUACCAUCUGAUAUUUUUACUGAAAAACUCAUGAAGGAUGGGACACUUAAGCAGAUAGAGGAAGAAGUUGAAGACCCACUAGAAGUUCACACGUACAAGAUCAGUGUGUUCACUGGAGAUAUCUAUGGUGCUGGGACAGAUGCUAAUGUUUUCCUAAAUAUCUAUGGAGAUCUGGGGGACACAGGAGAGAGAAAACUCAGCAAAUCUGAAACAAACUUCAACAAGUUUGAAAGAGGGCAGGAGGAUACGUUUACUAUACAGGCUGUGGACCUUGGCAUUUUGUACAAGAUCAAGAUUCGUCAUGACAAUAGCAUGUUCAGUCCUGACUGGUUCCUGGAAAAAGUAGAGAUCCUAGAUGAGACCACAGAGGAGUCGUUCAUUUUCCUAUGUGAGCGCUGGCUCUCCAAAAAGAAAGAGGACAAAAAGAUAGAGCGUACGCUUUAUGAACAGAGCUAUGACGGCGAGCGAAACAGCCUGGAAGACUCGUCUCUCAGCCUGUCGAGUCAGGAUAGCAAUGCAAACCUGAAGGAGACGAAAAAAUCCAGCUUGGUCAAGGCAGCAGAAGAAGGAUCAUUGAUCCCGUACCACAUCACCAUCACGACGGGCACAGAAUAUGACUCCAGCACCGACAGCCGAGUGUACAUCAUCGUCAUGGGUCCUCUGAAAGUGCAGACGAAGAGGCUGUGGCUGGAUCUCCCAGAAGGAAAAGACGAGUUUGCAGAUGGCUCCGUAGAGAAAUUCUCUGUUUGGGGCCUAGAUGUUGGGGAGAUCAAAAAAGUGGAGGUGGGGCAUGAUGGCGCUACCCCUGAGAGCUGCUGGCUGGUGGAAGAGCUCACCAUCAUCGUGCCCACCAAAGGUGUCAUGUAUAACUUUGUCUGUAAGUGCUGGCUGGCCAGAGACAAAGGCGAUGGACUCACCUCACGAAUCCUCAACAUCCUGGAUGCGGACUGUGUUAACAUUGGCCUCAAGAUCCUCUACGAAGUCACGGUUGUGACUGGAGACAUCGAAAGUGGCGGCACCGACGCCAGGAUUUUCAUGACUGUCUUUGGAUCCAAUGGGAACACCGAGGAGAUGCAGCUGGACAAAAAUGGAGACAGGUUUGAGCGAGGCCAAGAGGACAGUUUCAUUAUGGAGAUCGCCGAUAUCGCACCCCUCAGGAAGAUGAGGAUCCGGACGGACGGGAAGGGGACUCGCCCGCACUGGUUCCUGGAAAGGAUCAUCCUGAAGAAUCUGACUAAUCAAGAAGUGGCCAUGUUUACCUAUGGUGAAUGGCUGUCAAAGCUGAAAAAUGCCAAGGGAAGUCUUGUUUGUGAGAUGCCAGCUGUCAUAAAUGAUGAGCAGAUGAUGGAGGACACGACAUACACUCUUCAGGUUAAAACCAGUGACGUUGGAGGAGCAGGCACUGAUGCCAACGUGUCCUUGAUCCUCUUUGGGGAGAAUGGGGACAGCGGGACCCUGGCUCUGAAGGAGUCCAACAAGUCUAACAAGUUUGAGAGGAACCAGAUGGACGAAUUCAACUUCUCGGACAUGCUGAGCCUGGGAGAUCUCUGCAAAGUGCGGAUCUGGCACGACAACAAAGGAAUCGCACCAGGUUGGCACUUGGAAUAUAUUGACGUGAAGGACUCCGCCAUGGACAAGACAUUUCGCUUCCAGUGCGAUCGUUGGCUGGCUAAAGGUGAAGACGAUGGGCAGCUCAUAAGGGAACUGGCUUGUGCCAAUAAUGACAUCCUGGAACUGAAGGAACGGACUGCCUAUGAGAUUGUCACAGUAACAAGCGACAGAGAGGAUGCAGAAACAAAGGAAAACAUCUGGAUCAUCUUAGAAGGAAAGCUGGGCCGCUCGAAAGAAUUCCUUAUGGAAAACUCCUCCAAGAAAAGGAGAUUUGAAAGGGGAGCAACAGACACAUUUCAGUUUUCUUCAAAGAACAUCGGUGAUAUUGCAGCCAUCUGUGUUGGUCACUGCCCAAAAGAUGGGAAGAAGUCGUCUGCAAAAGCUGAUGUCUUCUGGCAUGUCCAAGAGAUUAUCAUAACGGAGAUGGAGCUUUGCAACAAAUACUUUUUCAGGUGCAAUGUGAAAAUCCCUCUGCGUUACAAGAGACGGGACUACAAAGUCUUUGAGUGUGCCAAGGUCACCGAGAGCUUUGCCAGCAAAGCCCGGAGCUUGGUGCCAGUCAAAUACGAGACCAUCGUGGUCACAGGCUUUGAAAAGGGCGCGGGGACCGAUGCCAACGUGUUCAUCACCAUCUUCGGGUUGAACGGGGACUCGGGAAAGCGGGCGCUGAAGCAGAAGUUCAGGAACCUCUUUGAGCGGGGCAAAACCAACAGGUUUUACCUGGAAACGCUGGACAUGGGGGAGCUAAAAAAAGUCCGGAUUGAACACGACAACAGCGGCCUGGCAUCGGGCUGGCUGGUGGAGCGAGUGGAGAUCACCAACUCGGCAACUGGCGUGACCACCAUAUUUCCCUGCGGGAAGUGGCUGGAUGAAAACCGGGGCGAUGGGUUAAUCUGGAGGGAGCUUUUUCCUAGGUACUGA